GACUCCCAGUGAAACCGUGAAAGUGGGCAACGCGCAAGCGCGAGACUGCUAAACCAUGGCGGAUUCAGGAAGCGAGUAUAUAGCGGUGAUUGGAAACACAGAUCUGACUCCUUCAGAGUCGGAAAACAACUUAAAGAACACGAUGGUUGAAAAAGGGACAAGUCUUUUGAAGAAGAUGGAGAUCAGUGUGGCUGAAGCAGAGAAGAGGACCGGGAAGAAUGCCGUCAACAUGCAGGAGACUUAUACAGUGUAUCUUAUAGAGACGAGGCCAGUGGAUGCUGCAUCAGAAGGGACCAAUCCUGUCCCAGAUUCAUUGUGGAGGCGUUACAGCGAGUUUGAGCAACUUAGAAACUAUUUGUUAGUCACCUAUCCAUUUUUGGUGGUUCCGCCAUUGCCUGAAAAACGGGCUGAAUUUGUUUGGCACAAGCUGUCAGCAGACAACAUGGACCCUGACUUUGUGGAGAGGCGUAGGGUGGGACUAGAGAACUUCCUGCUCCGAGUGGCCUCACACCCAGACCUGUCCACUGACAAGAUCUUCUAUUCGUUCCUCACUGAGGAAAAUGGUUGGAAGGAAACCGUGUUUGAGACGGGAUUUCAGGCGAAGGCCGAUUCAAGAUUAAAGGCUUUAAAUGCAACAUUCAGAGUGAAGAAUCCAGACAAGCGAUUUGCAGAAAUGAAACACUACGGUGAUGAGCUGCAGUCUGUUAUUUCGCAGCUGCUGAGAGUUCGGGCGAGAGCAGCUGAUCGCCUGUAUGGAGUCUACAAAGUGCAUGGAAAUUAUGGAAGAGUCUUUAGCGAGUGGAGUGCCAUUGAGAAAGAGAUGGGAGAUGGGCUGCAGAGCGCCGGCCAUCACAUGGACGCGUAUGCUGCUUCUGUCGAUGAUAUUCUAGAGGAAGAGGAACAUUAUGCUGAUCAGCUGAAGGAGUACCUUUUCUACGCAGAUGCAUUAAGGGCAGUGUGUAGGAAGCAUGAACUGACACAGUAUGAACUAGAGAUGGCCGCCCAGGAUCUGACCUCUAAGAAACAGCAGCGGGAGGAACUCGCCACAGGGACGAUACGGACCUUCUCUCUGAAGGGAAUGACCAGUAAACUGUUUGGACAAGAGACCCCAGAGCAGAGAGAGGCCAAGCUGAAAAUGCUGGAGACACAGAUUGAAGAAGGAGAGGAACUGGUCAAAGAAAGAAACGGCGAAUGCGAGGAGUUUGUGAAAAGUGCAUGGGUGGACAUUGAGAGGUUUAAAGAGCAGAAAGACCACGAUCUCAGAGAGGCUCUCAUCAGCUAUGCCAUCAUGCAGAUCAGCAUGUGCAAAAAAGGAAUUCAAGUGUGGAACAACGCUAAAGAGUGCUUCAGUAAGAUGUGAGGGUUCCAGCCACGACAACCAGAACACCAGGAGGCCUUGGAGAUGUAAAUUCAGAAAAGCACACACUCCUAGAGACUGACCUUGGGGACUAAAGUCUUCCUCUCAAUCCUAAACAUUUGUCAGCCUCUUGCACCAGAUGCUCUGGUGUAAAUAGGUAUCAAUUACAAUAGUUUAGGAGUCCAAAUAAUGAAUGAAUGGGGUGCUGUUUUAUUUAUUUCAAUGUUCAUGAGCCAGAUUUUAGACCUGGUUACUUUUGUUACUGCACUAAUUUGACCUACACAAGAGUUUGUGAAGGUAACAGACAAUUCUUAACAUUUCAGACAGAAACAAAAGAAUGACUUAAUUAGUAUUGAUUAAUCUUGAACUAUGGAAUCACUUGUUUAUAAUUUGUUAAUGUCUUUUCCUUUAUGCUUUUUGGUGCCAAAAUUUUAAAAUCAUUCCUUUUUUUCUACUUUUCGUUAACUUUUUACUACUUUAGUUCACCAUAAAACACAAAAGCACAGAUUAAAACUGUCAAGGCAAAAUAAGAGGGUGGGUUUUCUUAGUGAAUCCAGCCGUUCCAUUUUUAUCGUACUCCCAAACCCCUCCUCAUAAUGGUGGUCUCGCACAUCUGGAACGUGUCCAGUUUCUGUGGGACAUGCAAAAUGAUCUUUAUCACCUGGCGCAGAGGACACAAAAAGUCAGAUUUCCUAUGAAAGGAAAGUAACUUGUCUUAUUCGCAUGCAAACUAAAUUUGCCCUGAUGCCCAUACAGCAAACAAAGUGGCAUAAAUUCAUCAUAAUAUGCUGAUCUGUCACUUUUCUGCACAUUUAGCCAGAAAAACAUAAGCUGUUUAUGACCACUGAUCCCCUCCCUUUAUAUGGUUCAGUUAAUCUGAAAAAAUAUUAAUAUGCUGUUUAUGCCUUAUUCAAGACUUAACUCUGCAUAUUUUCUUUGUUGCCGCAGCUUCCACUAUGAAUGCCAUAUUUGUCAUCUGUUAUGAUGAGUGGGUGGGUCAGUGUUUUGAUAUAAAUCUGGCUGAAGGAAUACGAAGGUCACAGGAAAGGCAGGAUAUAAUAAUUUCCUAAUUUUAGAGCUGCGUGUGUAACUCAGCCUGACCCCUGGUCAUUCGGUUCAUUUUUUGGGGGGGUUUAGAGUGGGGCAGAGAUAACCCUUUUGUAUAUAUACUGUUAAAAUCGUUGUGUAACACUAAUGGCAAUGAUAAUAAUAAUAAAAAAACAUUAUCAUUUGGCUUAUGGUUUCAUAUGUUGUGAGGGUCUGUUGUGUUCAGAUCUGUUUGAUAGUCUAAGAACUCAGCAGAGAUCAUUUGGAUUAUUUACAGAGUUCGUUUGGAUUAUAUGAAAUUGCUGAGUUUGAGGCGUAAUGAAAAUACACUAUGAGAAUGCUCAUGUAUAUUAGGGAAAUAACCAAAUAUAUUUAAAAGUUUAAUCAAGUUGAAAUCUGUCAAGUAUUUUAACACUAAAUAGAAUACAUCAUGUAACAUGAGCUGUGUAAAAAGAGUGCAUUUCUUUAAACUGUUAAAUUGAUGUCACCUCUACAGCCUCAGCCAUUUUCUCAGGAAGAAUCUCCAUUUGUUUCUAGGUUGUAAUGCUUCCCUCUAGUGGUGUGUUAUACUUAUGAACCAAUUUUAUAACCAAAGCCUUUGAUAUAACAGACUUUACUGUGGUCAGAUGUUUAGUUUGAAGGUUUACAACAGGUUUCAACAAAGUAAAUGAGUGAACCCUUUUUUCCAGUUCCUAUUUUUUUUAAUUCUGUGAAAUAUCUUAUCAAAUUGAGCCAAAAUCAGAAAUGAAUGUUUUUAUAUUUAAGUGCCACUAUUUGAGCUGUUUUAGGGCAGUAGUUCGCAACUUUUUUGACUUAAAGGCGCCUCAUUAUUCAAAGACUAUAUUCGAUAGUCCUUCAUAUUAGAUAUAUAUUCUUGUAAUUAUGUCGCUGGUUUAAUUAACGCUGGUUGUUUUUCAACCUUUUUAUUAACAG